AUGUCAGGUCACUUCACUCUGGAUCCAAACACAGCACACAGAAACCUCCAUCUGUCUGAGGGGAACAGGAGGGUGGAGAAGAGACGUGAGGUCCAGUCAUAUCCUGAUCAUCCAGACAGAUUUGAUUAUUGGCCUCAGGUGCUGUGUAGAGAGGGUGUGUCUGCACGCUGCUACUGGGAGGUUGAGUAUACUUGUUCUAGUGGAGGGGAUGUCAUUAUAGCAGUGUCAUAUAAAAGCAUCAGCAGGAAAGUGGGUAAGAAGUGUAGGUUUGGACGUAAUGAUCAGUCCUGGAGUCUGUUCCUCAGCAGCUCCAGCUCCUACUUCUGGUACAAUAAUAAAGAGACUGAACUCCCUCUAGUGGCCAGCUCCAGAAUAGGAGUGUAUGUGGAUCACAGGGCAGGAACUCUGGCCUUCUACAGCAUCUCUGGAGACACAAUGACCCUCCUGCACAGAGUCCACACCACAUUCACACACACACUCUACCCUGGGUUUUCGGUAGGUACUGAAUCAUCAGUGAAGCUGUUGUAA